AUGCGCUCAUUCAAGACUCUCGUUCUGACCGUUCUGCUGACCGCCAGCGUCAAUGCAGGAGGAAGCGGAGGAGGAGGCGACGGUGGUGAUUACACUCAUUGGCUAACAACCACCUGUUGGGAAACCAAAUCUGCCGAAAAGGAAUAUGUCACAGUCUGGCAAACACAAUGGGAGAAACCUGAGUCUGUGACUUUGUACAACACCUUGACUCAGUGGGAGACCAAGAUGAUAACCGUCACCGCCGUCGAAACUGAUAUCAUCACUACCACUGCAACGGUCUAUAGUACAAUCAACAAGUAUUUCACGGAUACUGCAACACAGACGCAAAUCCAGGUUUCGCAUGAGACUGCCACUGCGACAAUCUACUCUACAGUCAACAAUUAUUUCACGGACACUGCGACACAGACACAAAUCCAGGUUUCACACGAGACUGCCACCGCGACGAAGACGGCAACAGUGAUCAGUGCAAGCGUCAUCAUCACGACGGAAUUUGCAACAAUUACCGAUACUGUGACCGAGUUUCCGGUUUGCACCACACUUGUCGGGCUUGUGACUUGUCCUACCAGAACAAUUAACCCAACCUACACCCCACCAACAGCCUUGCCGACUGAUUGGCUGUGGGGUUGCCCUCCUGAUACUCUGUGCACGCCCAAGCAGAUUGGUUGCAACUUCGAACAAAACUUGCCAGCGGACACCUACGUUUGUAGCCCAGAAGACUGCCUCCCGGUGAAACCACUGCCACCGCUUGACACCAGCUGGGACACCCACAAUUGCACGCCAUAUAUCCCCCCAGCAGGUUAUGCUAAUUUGGCUCCACCCAUAUUUGAUCUUGGGUAUGACAUCUUCCAAUUCAACGGUCAACCGGGCCCUUACUGCCCUCCCCCUCCCUCUACGACGUGGCAAGAUUGGGCUCCUCUACCGCCGCCUCCUCCGACCUCGGAUUGGGUGGCGCCACCGCCUCCGCCACCGCCAGUUUCCAGCUGGGCUGAUUGGCCGGUUUCGGGUCCAGCAGGGCCGGUUUCAUCAGGCUGGAACCAUUGGGACGGAAACGGAAACGGAGAUCAUGGGCAAGGUCAAAGCUGGAGACCAGCACCGCCAGGAAUCACUCCAAGAGCGAAUCUUGCAGAACGUCAGAACGAGACACCCGAUUACGAAGUUCCUGCUGCGUGUUUCAAUCCUUGUAACGCUGCUGUGCUUAAUGCACAGAGUUGUGGUCUGAAGGGAGCUGUCUUGUGCCCAGUUUCAGGGGUCUUUUCACAACAGUAUACUAAUUGUGGCAAUUGCAUCGAUGUAAACAAGGACAAAGCAUAUACUGAGCCCCCCAAGCUGAUAUCGUCCCUGGUGACAUUUCUUGACUAUUGCAGUGGCUACGUUGCGGAAGCUGCAGUCUCGACCCAGGCGAGUACCACAACCACUUCCCGGUCGUCUUCUAGCUCAAGUUCCACCUCUAAUUCAGGCUCUACUUCUGGUCCAACCUCCACUGUAUCGCCUUCGACAUCAAACGGGUCAUCCUCUGGACAAGCAUCCUCGUCCUUGUCAAUCGCGACCACCUCUUCCGUGUCGGCGGCGGCUCUUUCAGCUACCUUGCCCGCGUCAGCUCGGACAUCGAGUUUUACAGGGGGUGCUGCGCUUCAGGGGCCCAGCUCAGCGUCACUUUUGCUAACGAUAUUCAUGGGAUUCAUGGCAUUAUUCCCUUUUGGACCAGCAUAA